CCGGUAGCUCCAGUGCGCGUGCGCGGCGGUGGCGGCGGGUUGGACGGUCAUUUUUCGUUCGCCUCGGUGGCUAGCGGGCCCAGGCCGCUCCCUCGCCGCUCGCCCGGCUUUGGGGACCCCCCCCCGUAGCCCCCCAACAUGGUGGACCGCGAGCAACUGGUGCAGAAGGCCCGGCUGGCCGAGCAGGCGGAGCGCUACGACGACAUGGCCGCCGCCAUGAAGAACGUGACGGAGCUGAACGAGCCUCUGUCGAAUGAAGAGCGGAACCUCCUGUCCGUGGCCUACAAGAACGUAGUCGGGGCCCGGCGCUCCUCCUGGCGGGUCAUCAGCAGCAUCGAGCAGAAGACCUCGGCCGACGGCAACGAGAAGAAGAUCGAGAUGGUGCGGGCCUACCGGGAGAAGAUCGAGAAGGAGCUGGAGGCGGUGUGCCAGGACGUCCUGAGCCUCCUGGACCACUACCUGAUCAAGAACUGCAGCGAGACGCAGUACGAGAGCAAGGUGUUCUACCUGAAGAUGAAGGGGGACUAUUACCGCUACCUGGCGGAGGUGGCCACGGGGGAGAAGCGGGCCGCGGUGGUGGAGUCGUCGGAGAAGGCCUACAGCGAGGCCCACGAGAUCAGCAAGGAGCACAUGCAGCCCACCCACCCCAUCCGGCUAGGCCUGGCCCUCAACUAUUCCGUCUUCUACUACGAGAUCCAGAACGCCCCGGAGCAGGCCUGCCACCUGGCCAAGACGGCCUUCGACGACGCCAUCGCCGAGCUGGACACCCUCAACGAAGACUCCUACAAGGACUCCACCCUCAUCAUGCAGCUGCUCCGCGACAACCUCACGCUCUGGACGAGCGACCAGCAGGACGACGACGGGGGCGAGGGCAACAACUAAGGCGCCCCCCCCGCCCCCGCCGCCCCCC